AUGACUCAGAAACAAAAAGAAGAAACCUUUUCUGAAAGGAUAUUAAGUAGUGAUGAAUUCAAUCCUAACCAACUUGAGGAUAAUGAAGAUAAAUGGGUAAUUAACCUUGACGAAAUUAAUCCUGAUAAAUCAGCUAGUAAUAUUUCAGAGACUAGUCAGGUUUCAGAUUCAGAGACAAAUAUUUCAUUAGGAAAUAAUAGUGUGUGGUUGUAUUUUAAUAAGAAUCCAGCUGAUGCAUUUGGUUAUAAU